GAUGUACAACCAGUAGACCAUCUAUCGCCAGUCGAAGAGGAUUCUGGUUCCGAAGAAAAUGACUCAGAACGAAGAGACGUCAAUCGAUCUUCACAGAUGUCUCGAUUUGUCGGCCAUCUCAACCCAGAAACGCAUUUGCUGGCUCGAACUCGACCAAAUUCUCCGGACUCGUGCCAGCAGAUCGACCAUUUGGGAAUCUGGUUCUCGGAAGAUACCAACAACUCUGCCAGAGCGUGGCCUAGAGUUGCAGCCUCGAUGAAACGCUAUCUCAGAGUUAUCCACGACUUUGAAGUCCCGGACGACGGAGUCUGCGAAGCUUUGAGUGAUAUCUACUUCGCAACGAUUCAUCACUUCAUCCCGUUGGUUGACGAGCGCGCCUUUCGGCUGGCAAGAAGGAGCAACAGCUUGUCGAUUGCUUUGAUGCUUGCGGUCAUACUUGCAGCAUGUAGAGACCAUCGUGCAAAGCCAUUCCUACGGUUUGCCAGUAAGGACCAACUCCUGCAACCUCGGGAAUUUGCGCAGCGGGUUUAUACGCAUCUGACAAGCCUCCUCAAAGCCAAUGCCGAAAAGGACAAGAUUACUCUGAUACAGGUCCACGCACUUAUGUCGCUACAUUGCGAGGGACCAACUGGUAACGAAACAGCGUCAUUGAAUCUGAUGACCGCGAUCCACCACCUUCAGGUACUUGGUAUGCAUCUUCCUCGUGCCGAUGAGGCGGACAAGAGUGGAGCUUUCUCUCGAAUCUUUUGGUGCAUCUGGUCUCUCGACAGACUGAAUGCUGCCUUCAACGGUCGCCCGACUAUCAUACACGAGCGCGACAUGGCUCAUAGAGCAGCAUUCACCUGUACGGCACAUGAAAGGCAGAAAUGGGCUGCGUUCCUGAUCUGGCUCAAACUGACUGAUCUUCUCGACAAAACAAUUGCGUUCUACAGACCUGGCGCGGAUCCCACAUCUACAGGCUGGGAGACAGGGUUCCCCAGCUUCGAAGAACUCAUAGCUGAGGACGCUCAACGCAUUCCAUCUGACAUUAUCUCCUCAAACGCUGCUUCAAUCCGGCAGGCUCUUUCCACCCUUCGAAUGCUGCAGCUCGUUGACGAGGUCGCUCUCUCGGAGCUCCCUCCUUUGCCCAUCAUACCAUAUACAAUGACACUCUGCCUCAGCGUCACGUAUCGGCAAUGCAGAACCCCGGGCAGCAUUCCGACGUUCAAUCGAGCCAAACGACAACUCAGCGCAGUGUACCAUGUACUGGAAGAGCUGGCUGCUCAAUGGUGGUUUGCUGAGGCCAUGGCAAAGCUGGGCAGGAAUGUGAUGGCCAAGCUCCGAAGCCACAGCCAUUACAACUCUCAAAGGUUGGAGAACAGCCUAGGCGGAGAUCAGAUCAUAUACGACGCAAUCACUGCCGAGCAAACUAGAUCUCGUCACACUACAUUCGAGGGCCACGCGUCAAGAUCAUCGGAUGCUGGAAUUGUCAACAAUACUGAACAUUCACUUCCAAAUGAUAUCGGCGCUGUUCAGGGUCUAGAUACUCAGAUUGUUGAUGGUGGAAGACCCUCCCGCGAUUGUCAAGAGAUACCAUUAUCAAUCAAGGAACCCACGGCCCAAGUAACGCAGGGAAUUGUCGAUAAUGACAUCGACUACGACUGGUUUCUACUAGACUCGAUCCCGAACUUAUUGUACCCCGAGAGUGGGAUGGCAGACACGCUAUUUAACGACGUAAGUAUGUUCGACGGUUUCGAGACCCUGCCUUCUACUUAG